GGUCUCAGUCAAGAUGGCAGUUACCAUGUUCCGGGCUGCACUGCCGGGAUGGAGAACCGGUGUCCAGCGGGGCUGCGGGCUACGGCUGUUGAGUCAGACCCAGGGACCUCCAGAUUACCCCAGCUUUGUGGAGUCUGUGGAUGAAUAUCAGUUUGUGGAGCGCCUGUUACCAGCUACAAGGAUCCCAGGUCACCCAAAACAUGAACAUUAUCCUACCCCUAGUGGCUGGCAGCCUCCCAGAGACCCCCCACCCAACCUGCCCUACUUUGUACGACGCUCUCGGAUGCACAACAUCCCUGUCUACAAGGACAUCACGCAUGGCAACCGGCAGAUGACUGUGAUCCAGAAAGUGGAAGGGGACAUUUGGGCCCUGCAGAAAGAUGUGGAAGAUCUUCUGAGCCCACUGCUGGGGAAGACACCCGUCACCCAGGUCAAUGAGGUGACAGGUACCCUGCAAAUCAAGGGCUACUUUGUCCAGGAGCUUAAAGCCUGGCUCUUGGAGAAAGGCUUCUGAGGCCUAGCUGAGCAGCCUGCAUGUCAGUGUGCCCUGCGGAUCAAGUCUAGGGGGCCUCAGGAGGAGGGAGUGGCUAAUGUGGGAGACCAAAUAGGAAUAACCAGGCUAAUGGGGGGUGUCAGCAGCUUUCUCUCCCUCCUAUCUUGGCCUGUUGUUUUUUGUUUUUUGAGAUGGAGUCCCACUCUGUUGCCCAGGAUGGAGUGCAGUGGCAUGAUCUUGGUUCACUGCAACUUCCACCUCUGGGUUCAAGCAGUUCUCCUGCCUCAGCCUGCUGAGUAGCUGGGAUUACAGGCACCCGCCACCACAAUCUGCUAAUUUUUGUAUUUUUAGUAGAGAUGAGGUUUCACCAUGUUGGCCAGGCUGGCCUCAAACUCCUGACUCCAAGUGAUCUGCCCACCUCGGCCUCCCAAAGUGCUGGGAUUAUAGGCGUGAGUCAUGUGCCCUGCCCACCUUGGCCUGUUUUGUUUUCCUUUCCUUGGGCUCAGCAAUUCAAAUUCUAGUUGUUAUUUGGUGGAAGCAGUAGCCCAAACCAGUUUAGGGGAAGGUAGCACAGGGCAGAGCCACUGGGCACUUUGUUUCCUUGGCCCUCCAAAGCUCAUUGUUGCAAACAUCCCCAAGCCCUUGCUCUAGGCCAGAUCUUGUUUGGUACAGGCUAUGAACACAGAUGACUCGGGCAUGGGGCUUGGAGAUCUUCUGUUCGAAGUACAGUGCUGGCACUGGGGCACAGAGUGCCCACGUUAGCCCUGGGCUCUUUCUCAUAGAGAGGUAGGAGGCCCAUUCUUGGUCACUGUUCCAUUGCAGACCAGACUUGGCUGGCCCGACCACAAGGGAGUGGCUGGGAACUCCUCACAGCCAGCAUAGGACCAUCCUCCCCAGCCUGCUGACCUGGAAUCAAGGCUGGGGAGGGGUUUGCAGGCAGGAAUACGCUGACCUUUAACCCUGCCAUCCCAUCCCAACCCCAGCUCACCAGCCUUCAUUGGAGUCACAGAGGCUAAAGGCCUGAGACUCCACCCUACCCCCAAACUGGCUAAGACAGCUUCCAGUUCCUGGCUCCCCAACUUGGUCUCUGCCCUGAGGCAGGGCACUGAACUCUGGGCUGCUUCUCUAUGUGUAAAAUGGGCACAUCUUCCUAAUCUGUUAAUGGUCAAUAGUGCUGGCUUCCAUGGAAACCCUAACUCCUGGAGAUUCCAUUCCAUUCUCAAGUGUACAGCCACAGCAAGGAGCCCGACACUGAUUUUAUUGAUUCCAUGAGACAAACCCCACCAACUGUUAAUGCAAGUUUUUAUUUGGCUGUAUAUGCAAUUUAAGCUAUUAAAAUUUGUACAAUAUUUACAAAUUAAAUAAUCAUCUGAAAAAAA